AUGACGUCGCCCAUCGCCAGCGCUGACAAGCGGGACGCCGAGGCGGCAGGGCUCAUCGCGACGCCGCCCAGCAGCGCGCAAGACCUGUUCGCGCAAGCAGACCAGCGCGUGUUCUGCAAGUGCAGCAGCGUGCUAGACCGCAGCGACUGCGACGCGGCCGUAGCCGUAGCCGACAUGAAGAAGCAGAUCCUCAACUACGGCGGCACCGUGCUGGUGCCGAUCGGCAAGUCGUACUACUCUAAGCGCGGGGGUGUCGUGGCCUUUAUCUGCACGCGCAAGGGCAACGCCGCCAUCUCGACCCUCUCCGAGGCCGGCUUCGCCGACCUGCUCGGCGUCGCCACCCAGAAGUGCGGCCUCUACGUCCCCGGCACCUACAAGCACGGCAACCCCACCAACAGCGCCGCCUCGGACGUCGGCUACAUCAUGUCUUCCAAGGAAGGCUUUCGUGCCGAUGCCGAGAGGUCAAACAAGGUUUGGAGGAUGGUUGAGCUUUGGAGCGUUGCUAAGCGAGAAUGGAAAGCGAUGAAGAGCAAAUAA